AUGUGUCCAAACAUAGAAAUUAAGGGUCAUUCUACCAUACCCCCAAAAAAAGGGGUUUUAUAUAUAAACAAAAAAUCAAAACAUUCAUCACGCUUUUCAACCUUUCUCCUGUCUCACGUUUGCUUCUCUACCUCUCUACUGCGUUUGUUUGCUCAUUGCUUUGUUUGCCUCUCUAAACAAAACCCUCAAAUCAUUGAUACCACAUCUACAGCACAACCCACAAAUCCCUUAGAGCCCGGCGCACCCACAAACACUCAGAGCCCGGCGCACCCACAACCUCAAAUCAGAGGCGCUUCUUCUCAUCCAAUCCACUCGUCAGCGCCACUCUCUAGCUUAUUCUCUUCCAAUCCAUAUUCAAAUCAGCAGCGCACUCAUAUCCAAUCCAACUUGGUGGCGCUUCAUCUCUUCCCGGAUGACUCGGCGGCGCUUCUUCUCAUCCAUUCUAAAUCGGCUGCGCCACCCACAAUCUUCAGGAGUAUGGGGAGAGUGAAGAACAUUGAAGAGCAAGAUGCCAUUGAAGAGCAAGAUGCUCUCCAAGUUAGGCCCCUGAAAAGACCACUUGGAGCAUUUAUAAUUUAUUAUUGUUUUAUUUUGAACACGUUAAAGUUGAAAUUGACGUUGAACAUGUUUCCAAACGACUUCGACCACAUAUUUGUUUUUGGGGAAAAGAGGAAGUUAAGCAAAGGUUGCUGAAAUUACAUUCAAUUGGAGGUUUUAAUAGU